AUGCUUCGAGUGACACCUUUGGGAGCUGGGAAGCACGUUGGUAGAAGCUGCAUACUCUUAGAGAUUGCAGGUUUUCGCGUCCUCUUGGAUUGUGGCGUGGCAGUUGCAGUGCCCGAGGAGCGGCGAUAUCCAGAGUUCAAAGAUCUUGACGUUGCGAAGCUGGACCUGGUGCUUCUCACUCACUUCCACCUGGACCACGCAGGAGCCUUGCCCUACUUGACUGAGGUGCUUGGCUACCGUGGGCCGCUGCUGAUGACGCAUCCCACCCGCGCCAUUGCACCCCUCAUCCUCAGGGAUUUCCUUCGCUUCAGGCCGCAAAAAAAAGAGGAUGCCCGGUACAAGACGGAGAUGAUCAAUCCUUGUUUUGAGCGUGCCAAGUGUGUUCAGCUGCAGGAACGAGUCGUGGUCAAAGAGAACCUCACCGUGACAGCAUACUACGCCGGACAUGUGCUUGGUGCAGUGAUGUUCUUGGUCGAAGCGGGUGGGCUCAGUGCGCUUUACACCGGCGAUUUCACCACAGUGCCAGACCAUCACCUGAGCGCCGCCCGUGUUCCCUUGGGCUUGCGCCCCGACGUGAUGAUCACUGAGACGACGUGUUGCACCACAGUCCGAAGCUCCAAGCGAAUGAAAGAGUACGAGCUUUGCUGCAAGGUCCAAGAGUGCCUCGAGAAGGGUGGCAAGGUGCUGGUGCCAUUACUGAUGAUGGGACGCAGCCAAGAGAUAUGCAUGAUCUUCGAAGAGCAUUGGGCUCGGGCGCAGCUGGCUUAUCCCAUCAUUGUGAUCCGUGGAUACUCCGAACAGGCUGGAGCCCUCUUCCAGCUGUUUGCCUCCUGGGGCAGUCGCAAGGUUCGAUCGUCCGAGAAGCCCUUCGAGUUCCCGCAUGUGCGAGUUGCAGAUGUUGAGGAAGUUUUGGCAAUGCCUACUCCAGCUGUGGUCUUGGCUGGACCUGCGAUGUUGGAUGCAGGGUCAUCCUUGCAAAUCUUCAAGUCGCUGGCUCCAGACAGCAAGAAUCUGGUGGUCAUCCCAGGAUACUGUUUGCCUGGCACUGUGGGGAAUCUGGUGCAGGCCAAAAGCAAGCAAAUCGAGCUCGACGAAGAGAUCAUCCGCGUGAAAUGCGAGGUGGAGACGGUUUCACAUUCAGAUCACACGGAUUCUCGGGGAAUCCUGGAGCUCAUCGCUCAAACAUCACCGCAGCAGGUGGUCUUGGUGCACGGGGCUGAGCCGUUGAUGAAGAGCUUUCAGCCCAUCGUCACUAGACGGCUAAAGCUACCGUGUUAUAGCCCUGGUGUAGGCGAGACAGUUGAGCUAGUGGCAGCUGACUCAUUGCAGGUCUUAGCCAGUCCUGCUCUUCUCUUGGAGGCUCAGGUGGUUGAAGCUCCACCGGUGUUGAGUUCCUUGCCAGUGAUGCACGGCUCAGCACCCCCAGCGGCGACCUUCUCGGCCCUGGCGCGGAAGCGCGGGCGCGAUCUCUAUGAGCUUCACCCGCGCUCGGAGGAGGGCCUGGCGCAGUGCGGCCUCAAGGCUCACAGAGUGCGAUUCAGCCACAGAUGUACACUUUCAGCAAACGAUCUUCAAGAAGCUUUGAGUAUUGUGGGCCAUGAGAAUCCUUUGGAAGGCGAAGGGCCUUGGGACCUGAACAUCGGUGGACUAAGCUGCAAGGUGGGCAAAGAGGCCGCUGCUUUCGUUGUCACAGUGCUCUGGGACCGCAAGGCCGAAGCGGAGGUGGUCUUGGUGCACGGGGCUGAGCUCUUGAUGAAGCCGCUGUGGACCGCAGGUCAAGGCAAAACCUUUGAGAAGCUGGAGGUUUUCGGGGAGGCUGCCGAGGCUCAACUGCUGGCCCGGCAACGGCCAGAGAGGUUCAUUCAUGAUGCACUCCUACAGCAGCUCCAGCUGGCAGCAGCUGCUGGAAGGUUCAGCUCCUUGGAAUGGCGACGGCUUCGUUCACAGCUUCCACAGGCCGCACAGCACUUCCGACCAGGGGAGCUGGCGCUGACGCUGCAGGGGCUGGCUGCCUUGCGGAGUGUCGAGGCACCUUACAUUGAGCCAGUCUUGAAGGCGGUUCAAGAACUGGCCAGCUACAUGAGCGCUGAGCACUUUUCCGACUCCUUGACAGCGCUAGCCGUCUUGCAAGCACCACAGGCCAAGGCAGCUGUGGAUGCCUUGCUCCUUGCAGGUGCGCAGCAGCUUCGCUCCUUGCGACCCGCGCAACUGAUCAGCUGUUCACAGGCGCUGGUGGAGUUAAAACAUCCAGCGGAGAGGGUCAUCCAGGCCUUGAUUCGAGAAAUGCCGAGUGCCUGGCAUCUCACUUCAGAGGAGCUGCUCUGCUUCUUGCGCCUGAUGAAGGCUGUCGCGCGUAGCUUUGCCGAGCCCAGUACACUGGAGAUGCUGCGGGCAGCCCUGUCAGAUGCACGCGGUGUGCUGCGCAGCCGCCUGCGUGGACAGGAGCAGCUUCCAACGGCCGAGCUGUUGGAAGUGUUCAUGCUGUGCUCUGAGUUGCAGCUACUCUUGCACAAUAAGGGUGAGGCUUCUGAUCCCGGUCCAAGUGACAUUUUGGGCCUGUUGGAGAGGCGAGCAACCUUCGUUGACACAAGCGGACCAGGCUUCCAGCGGCUGCUUCUCACCGAAUUGACGUCUGCAGCAAGAAAGCUGCCGGAGGCUUUGGGAGAGCUGCCAGGAGGUGAAUGCACCAGGCUUUGUGUCGUUCUGGUCGAGGUGGCCAAGGAGCAGAGGACGUCUCAUUUAACCAAGAUGGUCCCGGCCUUGGUGGAGCGCUUGCUUGAGCACUUGGAACUGCUGCACACAGAGGAGAUCCUACAGGCUUUGCAGUCUUUGUCAGACCUGGGCUACAGAGAUAACUAUUUGUCGGAUCGCUUUGCGGAGGCUCUGAAAGCUCGACUCUCUGUCGAGGCUCAGCCAGUGCUCAAGGCACUGAGAGUCUUGGCAAGACAAAGCGAGGUGUCCUUCUUGGAGUUGUUCUCCUCCUUGCUGCAGGACCUGUUGGCUCGAGACGAGGACUUUCCUGAGCUUAGCGGAUUGGACUUGGAGAGGAGUGCUGACCACGAUGUGGAAGAGUGGCUUCACCGUGUGCGCAGUCGGAUUGGAGAGACUCAAAACUUGGAGGAGCGAAAUGAAUUGAGUUGGGCGGUGGACCCACAGCUCUUGCAGGAGACUUGUUCCAACUGGCAUCAGCUACGAAAACAGUGGCAACAACAACAAAGGCAUCAGGAGCGAUGCCAGGUUGAUGAUGCCUGA